CAGCCGGCAGCAGUGGCACUGGCAGAGGCAGAGGCAGAGCCGAGUGCUUUGCGGGACAGUCAUUCUAAUUCGACGCCUUGCUGACUGCAGACGCACUCGGAACCACGGAAUCGGAGUGGGAAUCGGAAUAGUAUUGAAUAGUAUUUGAAUUUGGGAUCGAAACGGGCAGCGGAUCGGACGGCUAGACAGACGCAUUUGGCCAAGUGUCGCGCGGUGCCAGGCCACACUCCAAUCUCUAAUGAAGCAGUGUUUUAGCUAAAUUUUUUUAAUUUAGUUCCAAUUUGGCUAUCGAAACGAGUUUCCAGCUGUGCUUGCCCCCUCUCCGGAGUGUGUAUUUUUUGUGUGUGCGUGUGUUGUGGCAGGCUCAUUUGUGAAAAACUUAAUUUGCGGCUCUGUGGCAAGACACAUUUUCACCUGAAUUGCAAUCAAGUGCAAUUAUCAAACGAACAGCGAACAAAACAAACAUUGAGAUAACCGCCAUGUCUGCGGAGACAUCAAACACCACUCCGCUGCUGGACCUGCUGAUCGGCAGCACCAGCAGCACCAUCAGCCCCACCGCUGCACCGCCAGCAAGGGCUCUCUAUGCGAAUCGGAACCGUUUGAUCUUCAGCCUCAUAAUCAUGGGUCUGGGGGUGUUCGGAAAUUCUCUGGCUCUCGUUAUUUUGGCGCGCAAAAAGCACAACAAGAACAGCAAAUACACUCUCAUGUUGCGCUGCCUGGCCACCAACAAUCUAGUGGCUCUGCUGGGAAUGCUGACCACCUCGCUUCUGAAGUACAACAUGCACAAGGAGGGGGUUCAAUCCGACAUGCGGCUGGACUGUGUGGGGCAUGUGGUGUGGCGCUUCUUUGGCCUCAGUUCGGGAUGCAUUGCAGCCGUAAUGGCCGCUGAACGUUGGAUGGCCCUGGCCCGACCCUUUAUCUACCACAAGCACAUCACCUAUGAGCUGAUCCGGAAGAGCAUCAAUAGCAUUGUGAUUGCGGCCUUGAUCAUCACGUUCCUGCCCCUUGUGGGCUUCGGAGCCUACAUCGACGAGUCGAAUCCGGACAGAAUGAAGUGCAUACGAUACCGUGAUGCCGAGGGCUUCUGGAACAAGGCAUAUGCUGUGGUAUUCAUGGUCUUUGGCACGCUUCUGUGCAUCGUGAUCGUGACCUGCAACCUGUUCGUGGCCCACACCCUGCUCUGCGUGAUCGGUAAGAGUCGCACGGCCAAGCGGCACAUGCACUACGAUCUGGUUAGGGACAAGGCCAGUAUGCAGAGUAUCGACCCGGAGAGCAGCAGUGGCACCACCCUCUACCAGACGCAGUACAGCACUGGAAGCGGAACCGGCAGCAACCACAGUGCUCCCCACAGGCAAUCGUCCCGACAGUUCCAGCACAGUGUCAGCGUAACGAUGGCGGGCACAGAAUCCUCGCCGGUGGAGAUUAAGUUUGCCAAGCUGAUGGCCUUUCUGAGCAUCUCGUUUGUCAUCUGCUGGAUGCCCCAGAUGAUUGCCAUACCCUUGGCCAUUGCCCCGGACCGAGUUGACAAGAAAAACGUGUUCUUUCUCAUUGCGGAUGUCCUCACGGCCCUGCACUUCACAUCGGAUCCGUACAUCUAUGUGCUGAGUCGCUCCAAGUCCAUCAACUGGUCCCUGCUGAGCUGCGUCAAGCGCUGGCGCAGCGGCUGGCGCCAGGGCGGACUACGGCGCUCCCAGAGCGAUCAGAGCCGGAUGCGCACCACCAUGACGGAGGCGAAUACUCUCGACUGUAACUUCAACUAAGUCUCGAACUCCAGCAUUAUUUCUGCACCCAAGUACUUAACUUUAAAGCCAUGUCCUGUGUGUUUUUUUUAUAUUCAUUUAUUUUUCUCUAUGAUAUACUGUACAAUUACUAGUAAAAUUAUAGUGGGGUAACGGACAGGGGUACUGUUGGGACCAGGGGCCCCGCGCACUGCGGUACUGCAGCAAAGCAUUGCUUCGCAAGCGCGUGGACACCUACUCCGUCUGAUUCCUCCGCGUUCUCUCCAGAGACCUGAGCGUUCGCAUCACUCUAGAGGCAAACUCCACGGCCGCCAGAGUCUCGGUGCUGACCCUAGACCCUGUGUCUGUCGCUCGUGGUCAAACCCAUUGCAGUCGAAGAGGACGUGUCGCGCGUCCUCCUCUAUACCGAAGCGUUUGAGGCAGCUACAGAAGCAGCCAUGUCCCAGCAGUCAUUGACUGCUGCGGUCCUGUGGUAUUCCGAAGCAUCCUGGAUAGCGCUCCUGCAGGACAGGCACGUGUCGAUGAGGACUCCUAGAUACUUGAUAGACCUCUGCGAUUGGACCGCCUUCGUUUUUUGGCCCGCUACGCGACGGUUAGCCAUGCCUCUACGGCUCGGACGGACUCGUUGGCAAUAUCCUCCACGGCGGCGAGUUCCUUCGUACUGUGCGACGUCGUCGGCGGAACCUACCAAGCUAAAGUUGGCUGGCAUCGGGAUCAUUAGGACCCCAUAGUACAUGGCGUUCCAGAGCAGAGGUCCCAAAACGGAGAGCCACCAGUGUUCGAUCCCAGUCUGUUCUGUGUGGGUAUGUGCGUGUGUGUACUUACUCAACACUCGGCGUGCCCCAUACCCCUAUGUGUACAACCCCUUCGAAACGGGCCUCUCGAAGGAUCCCAUACCCGUCUUUUAGUCUUGUAAGCUGUAAAUAAUAUACCUUACCUUUUACGAGUAUUACCAUAUCAAGGCUUUCUCUCUGUGCUCAGAUCAUCACAUAAUCUCAAAAUAUAAACCCGAUUUGAACAAUA